AUGGUAAUUUUAUUUUCGAACUCUUCAGGGGACAACUGGUUGAGUUUUACUUCCCAGGCAGAGCAGGAGCCUAUUGCUGACACAGCAAGUCAAAAGAUAGGAGGGGAUAUCGACCAAGAAUAUCCUAUUCAAGCAGAGAUGCCGAGACGCUUCUCUCGCAAUACAUACACUGGAGCGCUUCUUAUCAAUAUCCUUGCGUCUGCCCUUCCUGCGAUCUAUGACACUCUUGUCAAAAUCUGGAUAUCAAAGAUCGAUAGCUCAUUUGUUGUCACAACUGAUGCUUACACCUAUAUUAAUGUGAUCGUCGAGGUUCUCAAUGAAGGUCUUCCACGAGCCUCGUAUCUCGUAAUCGCAUCGAGACUUGCCGCUGCGUUUGUACCAGCGAACGUGAGGGCGGCUUCGAUCGGAUACGUCCAGAUCUCUUCGUUUUCAGCAUUGACAAGCGCUACAGAAACAGCUGUAUCCCUUGCGACGAGGUCGAUCGACCGUCCUGACGUUCCGCUCAUUAUUAGCCUUUGCCGUACUUUGGCAAAUAUCAUUCUCGAUUUUGCGUUUCUCUCUACGUUCCGUGUCAAGGCUGUCCGUGAACCAACUGUGAACACUCAGGCUUCCAUCCGAAUGGCCUGUAACGGGAUAGGUUGUAUUGCCGGCCUGUUGUACUUUAUCUAUGUUGCUCGUCGGCUCCGAUUGGACGAGGAGAGAAAGAUCCAUACAUUGAUUGAAUCCGCUGUGAGGAACGCACUCUAUCUAUGGUUGAUUCACGGUAUCGUAGGUUUGGGAAGUGAUUAUGCUACCGCGUACGGCACUGAAUUGACGGUUCUUAAAGUUGGGGAAUGCGAAUUCAACACUAUUCGCUGGGGACUAGUGAUGGUUCCUGUAAAUGCACUGGCUGCAACUUCCUCUACUUUCGUGGGACACGAGUGGGGGCUAUGGCGAGAACGUGCCCUUAUUCGAGGAUCUAAUCAAGCCAGUUUGGAAGAUAUCAUUGGACCUCGCAAAUUCAUAUCUCAUAAAACAAGCGGUAUAUUCCGUCCCGCAUUACUCUCGACUUUAAUCGCUCUAGUCAUUGAAAUACCUCUCUGCCUUGCUUUUUCGUUCUGGCUCACUCGUCCAUUCGCAAGAUACCUAUCUGGGUCUGACGUCGUUGCAAAGAUAACUGCUCAAAUGUGGCGUACAAUUGACUGGUGUUAUAUUAUGUACGGGACCGACACACAACUGGCCUCGAUUUUGUUGGCGACGCGACCGAAGUGGUAUUUGGUCAACUCACUCAUAGUGAAUGUUCUUUGGGUUUUUCCAUGGGCUGUAGCUCUACAGGUGGGGAUACCAAUCACGGAAAGUUCUGCAUGGAAAUAUCACUCCAUCGUAUUUGGUGGGAGUUUGGUCUUUACGUUCAUCAUAACUAUUGCAACCGUAAUUGUUUGGGCAAUCUGGUUGUUGCAUGGAAAGGUAAAGAAGUUGUAA